CCAGCUGAUAUCUUGGAUCCUUCCAUGACCAAUUUGCUUCCUGGAGUAGUACCUGAUUGCCAACACAGUGCUACCUUAACUAAUGAGGUUGGAAUUAUUACUCCACGAGAUUCAGCUAAAUCACAUAAAUCUACAUAUUGCAGCCAAUCUUCAAGACCCUUAUCAAGUGUAGUAUAUAAAGAUUCUGGCAAUUUAUCUUCUGCACGAGAUGUUGGCAGCUCGUCUGAUGCAUAUCCUUGCCUUAUUCGCAUUCAAGCGCAAGGGUUGCCUACAGUUUGGGUUGAUCAAGCAACCGGAGAAAUGAAGGUUGAGUUGGAUGCAAGAGAAAAGUCCCAGGAUGUUUCGGUGCUUCACGCCGACUUGAAUGGGAAAUUUCAUCUUCAGGUUGAGUGA